AUGGUUACCGACGUCGAGUUGGCCAACUAUUUCCGAAUAAUCCAUCUAAUGUUCGGAGGUACUGGUUCUAUUCUGAAUCUCUGCCUGCUAUACCUCGCAAUUUUCCAAACCCCGAAAGCUAUCCGUUUGUACUCCACACUUAUAAUUAAUUUCGCUGUGACAGAUGCUCUGACUUGUCUUCUAGACAUUUUUAUUGAGAUCAGAGUUCUUCCCUACCCAAAUGAAGAUUCCAUGGCACAUAUUAUGAAUGGAGUCUGCAAAAAUUUUGGGUUAACCACUUGUGUAAUCGGAUUCAGUCUAUAUCUUCACACUUUAUCCCAUUCUAUCUGGUCAUUACUAAUAUCUUUCGGCUACCGAUAUCUGAUUCUUUUCAACACUUCAUUUGUGAAAUGCAGCAGUGUUACGUUGGUUAUUCUUGCGUUUUACCUUCCCUCAUUUUUACAGGCGAUAACUUACUGGACAAACUUUGUGGAACGCUCUGAAAUUCUACCUGUAAUUGAAAGAGUGCACCCAGAUUAUGAUUUCAGUGAGAACGUGGGUCUCCUUACUGGGAUAACAGACUUGUCAUCGGUGUCCGUAGUUUAUGGAAUGAUACAUACCACUCUUCCAAUCACUCCUGUCUACAUCUCAGUUUUCGUAAUUCGCUGGAAAACUGUGAAGAUCUUAACAAAAAAGAGGGAUUUCAUGUCGCAAGACACCAAGAUUAUGCACUCUCAGUUGCUGAAAGUGCUUACUCUUCAAGCUAUUCUACCUGCAACCACUUUCGGAACAUCCUACUUAUUCAUUGGAUUAAGACUCGGAAUCUUCAGCGGUCAAAUCUAUGAGCAUUUGGUGUUUUCUAUAGCGAUUCUGAUGCCAGUGGUAUCUCCUAUGACAUAUUUUGUGUUCGUCAAACCUUAUAGGCAGUUUUUUAUAAAAAAAUUUUGUAAGAAGUAUUACCAACCUCCGAUUCAAGACAUUGCACGUACACGGAUGUAUAGUAAUCAGGAACAAACACUUACUGCAAACAGGAGUUAG